CUUGUCCAACAGGAUGCUGCGGCUCAGCAGGCCUCAUUACCGGUGCAUAACCAGGUAUUACCUGCAAUUGAGAGUGUGGAUGGCUCCGACCCUUUGGCAACUCUGCAGAAUCCUAUGAGUAGACUGGAUGCCAAAGAGGAGGAGGAGGAAGAAGAGGAGGAAGAGACUGAGGAAGACGAGGAAGAUGAGGGGGAGGACACAGACCUGGAUGACUGGGAGCCAGACCCGCCUCGGCCCUUCGACCCGCAUGACCUAUGGUGUGAGGAGUGUAAUAAUGCACAUUCUUCAGUGUGCCCAAAGCAUGGCCCCUUGCACCCUAUCCCCAACCGGCCGGUGCUCACCAGAGCCAGAGCCAGCCUCCCUCUGGUCCUCUACAUUGACAGGUUUCUGGGGGGCGUGUUCUCCAAAAGACGCAUUCCCAAACGCACCCAGUUUGGUCCUGUGGAGGGACCCCUCGUCAGAGAGUCCGAGCUGAAAGACUGUUAUAUUCAUCUAAAGGUUUCUCUUGAUAAAGGAGACAGAAAAGACAGGGACUUGCAUGAAGACCUGUGGUUUGAGUUGUCUGAUGAGACUCUUUGUAACUGGAUGAUGUUCGUACGUCCAGCCCAGAAUCACCUGGAGCAGAACCUGGUGGCUUACCAAUAUGGCCACCAUGUAUAUUACACAACGAUAAAGAAUGUGGAACCCAAGCAAGAACUGAAGGUUUGGUACGCUGCAUCCUAUGCUGAGUUUGUGAACCAGAAAAUUCAUGACAUUUCUGAGGAAGAAAGGAAAGUUCUUCGAGAGCAAGAGAAGAAUUGGCCCUGUUACGAAUGUAACCGCCGAUUUGUAAGCUCAGAGCAAUUGCAACAGCAUCUCAAUACUCAUGAUGAGAAACUGGAUGUGUUUAGCAGAGCAAGAGGCCGAGGAAGGGGACGAGGCAAGAGGCGAUUUGGCCCAGGUCGAAGGCCAGGGCGUCCCCCCAAAUUUAUCCGCUUGGAAAUAACCAGUGAAAAUGGGGAAAAGUGUGAUGAUGGGACACAGGACUUGCUACAUUUUUCCACCAAGGAGCAGUUUGAUGAGACUGAACCCGCUACUCUGAAUGGGCUGGAUCAACCGGAACAAACCACCCUCCCAAUCCCUCAGCUGCCACAGGAGACCUCGUCUUCUCUGGAGCAGGAGCCAGAAACUCACAGCCUGCAUCUGCAGCCACAGCAUGAGGAGAGCGUGCUGCCCACACAGAGCACCCUGACUGCCGACGACAUGCGCAGGGCCAAACGCAUCCGAAAUGCAGCUCUUCAGCAUCUGUUUAUUCGGAAGUCCUUCCGGCCUUUUAAAUGUUUGCAGUGUGGAAAGGCCUUCCGUGAAAAGGACAAGCUGGACCAGCACUUGCGCUUCCAUGGGCGGGAGGGGAACUGCCCCUUGACCUGCGAUCUCUGCAACAAGGGUUUCAUCAGUAGCACAUCGCUGGAGAACCACAUGAAGCUCCAUUCUGAUCAGAAGACUUACUCUUGCAUUUUUUGCCCAGAAUCCUUUGACCGCCUUGAUUUAUUGAAAGAUCAUGUGGCCAUUCAUAUCAAUGAUGGCUACUUUACCUGCCCAACUUGCAAGAAACGGUUCCCAGAUUUUAUCCAGGUAAAAAAAACACGUACGAAGCUUCCACUCAGAAAAGAUCUACCAAUGUACAGAGUGUGACAAGGCCUUCUGCCGGCCGGACAAACUGCGGCUCCACAUGCUCAGACAC